GACUCCAACUGUCACAGCUAAACACGCGCAGCACGAGUGAGACUGUGAGACUAAUGGCUAACAUGGCCUAAGCAUACUCCAUACAUAAGUAGCGACGGAUCUCCGCAACCGAGUGGAGCUAUGACGCAGCCGACAUCCCGCUGGGGUAGCACCGAGGCAUAAACAUAAGUUGACGACGGGAGACUUCUUCUUCCCCUCAUCUCCCUCUCCAGCCCCUCAUCUUUCCUACUUACUCCCAUCUCCAGCAAGACAACAUGUCGACUGCCAACGCUGGGCUCUUCUCCACCAUCCGCCCCUUCGGCGCACCACCAACGCCUAUUCUUUCCCUCAUCCUAACCUAUGCCCUCAACGUGAUCGCCAGUCCUCGCCAGUACUAUGGCCCCCUCUUGGGUGAGAACAACCAGGAUCCCGCGACUCUGCUGGCGCGCGCAAAGAAUGAAAAGGGCGUCGUGUCGCAUGAGCAACAGGUCAAGAUCACCCGAUCCCAGGGUGCUGCAGACAACCUGAAGGAGAACAUGCCUCUGUUCGUGGUUGCCAGCCUCGUCGGCUGGCUUGGAGGUGUCAAGCCGGAAUACCAGAAUUUGUACCACUUCCUCUGGCUUGUGGGAAGAUACGGCUACAAGUACGCCUACUUGCAAGGCAAGGGUGAAUUGAGGUCGGGCUUGUUCAUGGUUGCCCAGAUUGCGACGAUUACAAUGCUGAUUCACGGCGGAAACGCAUUGGCUGCCAAGACUCAGAUCUUUGGUUAGAUUUCGGUUGAGGUUUUGCAAACAGAUAAAUACGCCUAUUUUCAA